AUGCUUCACCAUUCAAAAAAAACUGAUGUGCAUAAAUUAUUUUUUGAGACUUUCAAGACCAAGUGUAAAGCCAUAGAAAUAUGUGGAUUAAAGUUUGUAACAGACAGUGAAGCUGGUAUAACAAAAGCACUACAAUCUUCAUUGCCAAACGUCAGUUUAUAUUAUUGUUGGAACCACAUACUGCGAGAUGUUGAAUAUUGGGUAAAGAAAAAAAAACAUGGCGAAGACAGUGAUGAAGACAUUUACAAAAAUAAUGUUUGGGAUCUAUUAGACAGUGAAAACGAAGAGCAGUUCCUCUUGAAAUAUGAAAAAAUGGCUGACACUUGGACAAAAGAAUUUGCCAAGUAUUUCGAUUCGUACCUUAAGGAUGAUAUAAUGACAAGUGGCAAGUGGAUUUUGAAUAGCCCAGAAGUAAACAUUUAUAAAGAGAGGACGGGCAUUACUAACAAUCCCUCUGAAAGCUUUAAUUCGGUAUUGAAACGUUUAUUUACAAAGGAGGUUAAAGCACAAGUUUGUAUACUUUCAAUGUACGAACUGUAUCAAUAUUAUAACAAGGAAAUUGUACGAGGAUACAGUAAGCUUGGUGAUUAUAAAUUAAAAACCUAUUAUGUUGAUGACCUUUAUGUAAACCCAAUGAAUGCAGAAUAUCCUAAAUGUUCGAUAGAUCUUAAAGACAUCCCAUAUUGUUUCAUGAAUAAAGACAUGAGAAGCAAGCAGUUGGAAGGUGAUGAAGAAGAAUAUAGCACAUUUUCAUUGGCAAAACGAUUAAUUUUGCAAAAUAGAAUUGUACAUGUGCCCCAACUUCAAUGUUUUAUAGUUAAAGGUGAAAAAGAAGAAUACCUGGUGAAAUUGAAUGGCAAUAAAAAAGAUUCAUGUACAUGCAAGUUAAAAACAAAUUGUCACCAUAUUGAAGCAGUUAAAUAUUCAAUUAACCAUAUGGAUGUUAUGCAAAACAAUGUCAAACUACAUACUUUGGAACGUAAGAGGCGUGGUUAUACUGCCGGAAGGAAAAAAUUACCCAAGAAUGUUACUAUCUUGGAAGCAGCAGAUGAUUCAGAAUUGUUUUCCCAGUCCAAAAAAGAUUUGACUAAAAUUUGUAUGAUACCAACUGUCACACCAACAAGCAACUCGGUUAAAAAGCGGUUUGUGCAGUGUAUGUCAACGAAAAAUGAUGAUGAAGAAAUUGAGGUGACUCCAAAAAAUAUGAACCUAUUUAAUGAACAGUCUACGCCCAAGAAAAAUGGAUCGAACAAGUUGUCGUCUAUUAAGCGAGACCUGUUUGAGCGAUCUAUUGAAUUCAGUCCGAUAGAAAACCCACUUAAAUAUUCUGAGGUAACUGGUUCAAAAAAAAACUGA